CUAGUACCAUAUAGCCGUACAAUUGAACGAACGAACUUGAUUAUUACGAUUGUGUAUAAUUAAUAUUUCAUUUAAAAACUUAAACUAUUUCGUUUAUGAAAUAUCCAGAAAGUGUGAAAACAUAACUUCAAUGUAAAUUGUGUAAUCUUUUGUCGUUUGGAAGAACUAAUUAAAUAUAAUUUGGGGCACCAGGUGGCACGAGAGCUAACAUUUGUUUGAAGACUUUGGUUUUAACAAAGGGUAAUUGGUACAAUAUAGGUUUAAAAAACUGGCUAUCUUGAGAAGAGUAGAGAUGGCUCGAUAUUAUACCUUCGCCUUAGCUACAUUUGUUAUCAUCAUUGCUGUCGCCCCUCUAGUCACUUCGCAACCACCCUUAGCUGAUGAAUCUAUUGGAAAAGAUCGUGCCCUGCGAGUGUCAUUAUUAAAAGCGGGAAAAAAUGUUGCGACCAAACCGAAAUGGGGAUUCUUCGGUACAGUAUUCAACCUUAUUUUGGAGCAAAUUAACGACACAAAAAGCGCGUAUGGACAAAUAUCUGAAUUAGUUAGCAACCAAUUUGUAGAUGAUAAUACUGUUACAAUGACCCCUGAUAUACCAAAUGGUACAACUGCAACGCCGAAAAUUACAAGAUCAGAAUUUUUAAAAAUACUCGAUCGUAAUCUCAAAGGUUUAGCACGUCUUCGUAACUUAGAAUGGCGUGAAUCGAGAAAGGAUUCUUGGUCCAACGUGCAAGGGUACUGGAACGAACUUUUCGGAGGAAAAAAGACAAGAAGUCUUGGAUAAUGGAUAUAUUUUUUAUGCAGUGUAGUGAAUAAUUAGAUAAUUACACUUUAAUGUUCCUCGAGUUGUGUUUUGACAGCUAUGUAUAUUACAUAACUGUCAAAAAAACUAUUAAUGAUUUGUUUGGUGUGGUAUAUAACGCAAAGGAAUAUUUUAUUUAAACGAAUUUGUUUUUAAGGUUAUUAACAACUUCCCUGUUCAUACAGCAGAUACAAUAAUUAAGCAAUAAUCAUGAAUCUAAUGUGACUUACGGGAUAGUGAAGUUGUUAAAUAGGAUAUUAACGCUUAAAUUUAGUAAAAUGGCUAUGUAAUAAGUUCGCAACUUUUUAAUUAAAUAUUGUGUAGUGCAAAAAAUUUAAUUUGUUAAGUGAUUAUAUUGAUAAACCUUGUAUAUUAUAUAUACAAUAUUGUACCUUAGCUAUAAAUAAUUGCCAUUCAAGACUAUUAUU